CACCAACUUUUUGGUUAGUUGUCUAGCACUUAACUGUGCCACCCAGAGACUCCUCAUAUAAUUGUUGGAUAUUAUUAUUAUUAAGAAGUCAUAGUGGUGCAGUUGUUAAAGCACUCAACUGCUAAUGGAAAGGUCAGUGGUUCAAACCCAAGUAGUGGCUCUGAGGAAGAAAGAUAUGACAGUCUGCUUCUGUAAAGGUUACAGCCUUGGAAACUCUAUGGGGCAGUUCUACUCUAUCCUAUAGGAUCACUGUAAGUCAGAAUUGAUAGCAACAGGUUUGGUUUUGUUAUUAUUAUUAUCUCCGUCAUCAUCAUCGUCUUGAUGAAGCCCUUGAAAUUUCUCUGGAGGCCACCCCUCACGCUCUCAAUGUCAUAUCAAUCUUUCCAUCUCGUUCUGCCUCAGAGCCUGUGGAUCAAUGAUUUUCUGCAGACUCAUAUCCUGUAACUUUGCAAAUAAGACUUAAACAUGAGAUGAGGUGAGAUGACCCGUGAACUCUUAGGUCUGAAAAGCAGGGGAUGUCUACCACCGCUCACUGAGGACUCACUCAGGGGCCCCGUCUGGUUUGUUUUCUUCCUUUCUAGUUGCCCAAACUCCUGCAGAACAGUGGUUUUCAACCCCCACGGGGGCAUUUGGUAAGAUCUGGAGUCCCUGGUGGUGUAAACAGUUAACGUGCUCACUGCUAACUGAAAGGUUGGAGAUUUGAGUCCACCCUGAGGUGCCUUGGAAGAAAGCCCUGCAGAUCUACUUCUGAAAAUCAGCCAUUGAAAACCUUAUGGAGCUCAGUUCUACUCUGACACAUUUGGAGUCACCAGGAGUUGGAAUUGAUUCAGCAGCACCUGGUUUUUGUUUUUAAGACAUUUUUGGUUGUCACAACUGGCUGCGGGUAUUGCUACUGGCAUCUGGUAGGUAGAGGCCAAGGAUGCUGCUAAAAAUUCUACAAUGCACCAAAUCAAAACCCAGCCUGUUGUCAUCAAGUUGCUUCCGACUUGUAGCAACGCCAUAGGACAGAGUAGAACUGCCCCGUGGGGGUUCCAAGGCUGUAAAGCAUUACAGAGGCAAACUGCCACAUCUUUCUCCCAAAGAGCUGCUGGUUGGUUGGAAUCAACCUUUCCAUUAGCAGUUGAGUGUUUAACCACUGUGCCACAGGGCUCCUCCUACAAUGCACAGGAGAUAAUUAUGCAGCCCACAACAUCAAUACUGCUGAGGCUGAGAAACCCUGGGAUCCAAUUGGAUUCUGCAUAUCUCUUGUGUCUUUCUCUUGCUCUGAGGUCCAGUAAUGUAUUCAUACUUGUCUCUGCAGUGGGGUCCAUGAGAAGCUGGGUGGCUCAGGUGGGGUUCCUAGCCUCACCGUGCUAAGCUUGUUUGGAGAAGACCCGACUGGGUUCUUGAGCCUGUUCUUGAGCCUGUUCCUUAUAGCCACUCUCUGAAGUCCUAACUCCUUUGAAGUAUUGCCUCUGAGUAGCACUCCUUUGUUUCUUGGCAAUCUCCGUGUGGCACCAAUCUUCCUCUGCAUAUAAUUGUGUCUGUGUCUAUGCUGCUGUUUACAGCAUUCAUAGCACAAUAGACAUACACACAACCGUGUUCAUUGUAGCAUUAUUCACAACAGCAAAAAGACGGAAACAACCUAAGUGCCCAUCAACAGAUGAAUGGAUAAACAAGCUACGGUACAUAACACAAUCGAACACUGUGCAACAGGAUAAAGAACAACGAUGAAUCUGUGACAUCACAGCAUGGAUGAAUCUGGAGAGCAUUAUGCUGAGUGACAUAAGCCAAUCACAAAAGGACAAACACUGUAUGAGACCACUGUUAUAAAUACUCAUGGAAAGGUUUACACACAGAAAGAAACAACCUUUGAUGAUAAUGAAGGAGGGGAUGGGUGGGCAGAGAAAACCACUAACUAGACAAUAGAUAAGUGGUAACUUUGGUGAAGGGUAAGACAGUACAUAAAACUGGGGAAGUCAGCACAACUUGACCAAGGCAAAGUCAUAGAAGCUUCAUGGACACAUCCAAACUCCCAUAGGGAUCAAGUUAUUGGGCUGAGGGCUGGGGACCAUGGUCUUGGGGAACAUCUAGCUCAAUUGGCAUAACAUAGUUUAUAAGGAAAAUGUUCUACAUCCUGCUUUGGUGAGUAGUGUCUGGGUUGUAAAAGCUUGUGAGUGGCCAUUUAAGAAAUAUCUACUGGUCCCACCCUGUUUGGAGCAAGGGACAAUGAAGAAAAGCUUAGCUGCAAGGGAAAGAUUAGUCUGAAGGAUUAAUGGACUCCAACUACCACAGCCUCCAUCAGACUAAAUCCAGCACAACUAGAUGGUGCUCAGCUAUCAUCACUGAUUGUUCUGACAGGGAUCACAGACACAGUGGAAAAAAAUGUAGAACAAAAUUCAAACUCACAAAAAAGACCAGACUUAGUGGUUUGAUGGAGACUGGAGAAACCCUGAGAAUAUGACCCCUAGAAACUCUUUUAACUCAGUACUGAAAUCACUCCUGAGAUUCAUCCUUCAGCCAAAGAUUAGACAGGCCCAUAAAACAAACGAUAAUACACGUAGCUCAACCAUGUAUACGAGACUAAAUGGGCACACCGGCCAAGACACAAGGACGAGAAGUCGGGGGGUGGGGGGACAAGAAAGCUAGACCAAUAGAAAUAGGAAACCCAAGGUCGAGAAGGGGAGAGUGUUGACACGGGGUUGACAACCAAUGUCACAAAACAAUAUGUGUACUAAUUGUUUAAUGAGAAACUAAUUUGCUUUGUAAACCUUCACCUAAAGCACAAUUAAAAAAAAAAAAGAAGUUGUUAGGUUUAGGACACCAGUACACUGAAAUGGCCUCAUUAACAUGACAAAGAAAACCCUGUUCCCAAAUGAGAUCACACCCACAGAUAUAGAGCUCAGGAUUCCAACACAUAUUUUGGGGGUACACAACUCAGUUCAUAACACCAUCCAAAUGUGUGUGUGUGUGUUUGAGUAUCAUUUAUGUCUCUCUACACUCUAGGAACUCAUGGUAACCUCAUGUGUGCAGAGUAGAACUGUGCUCCAUAGGGUUCUCAAGGCUAUGAUUUUUGAGAAGAAGAUUGCCAGGCCUGUCUUCCGAGGUCUGUGUCUUAGCCAAAGAGACGUGAAAAGAUAUGGGCCACUUCCCAAGCCCAAACUCAGUGCCUGGCCCAGCUCAGUGGUCCCUCCUAAGAGCAAUGUGACUCUGAGAUGCUGGACUGCUACCAGGGAAGUACACUUUGCUCUCAAAAAGGGAAAAACUACUCUGGAUUUUCCCUACAGAGUAGGAUCACAGAGUAACCCUACAGAGAGCCUGGCUGAAUUCCAUCUCACUGAGCUACAAACAGGUGACAGUGGGGAGUACACCUGUGAAUACUACAGGAUUCUGUCCCCCUACACAGCUUCACAGCCCAGUGAUGUCCUCCUACUUGUGGUUACAGGAGAUUUACCUAAACCUUCCCUCCGAGCCUACCCAGCCCGUAAUGUGGCUGAAAGAAAAGAGGUGACUCUGCAGUGCCAGAAGCCAGGCGAUGUUAUAUCAUAUGUAAUGUUUGCUCUACUGAAGGAAGGAACCCCAGCGCCCAUACAGUACUGGAGGCCAUUUGGGGACAUGGCACAGUUCUCCCUUAAGAAUGUAGCAGUGAAGGACACUGGGAACUACAGCUGUGUCUACUACCAGACAAGGGGUCCUUUCUGGGCCUCACACCCCAGUGAUAGCCUUGAGAUCUGGGUGACAGUUUCCCCAGGUAACACUUUGGGAGAUAAGCCCUCAGUUUCCCCAAAUACCACAUCAGGAGAUUACACCAAGGGUAACAUCAUCCGUCUGGGUCUUGCUGCGCUAAUUCUGAUUAUCAUGGCUGCUUUCCUGGUUGAAGCCGGGUAUAGCCAGAAGGAGUCUCUAUGCGGAUCCAGAUCUCACAACCUCCCAGGGAAACGAUGAAUGCUUGUUGGAGUUAGACUUGCUGAUCCUUACCGUUUCCUGUAGAGUCUUCCCUCUCAGCUCUAUUGAGAACCACUCCAGGACAAGAUGAUGGCUUCUCUCUUCCUGGACUCCCCACCCAGGGCAGAGGACAGCACUGGGCAUAAAAACUCAUGUAAUAAAUUUUUGAUGAUUUGGAUGAAUACUCAAAAUUUUAAAGUCAGGCUAGAUAGCAGUUUCAGUGGCAUCCGGGGGCACACUUCCUCCGUUGGAAAGUGGGGGAAACAUUGAUUCUUGGUAUGAUAUUUAUUAUUUCUUCCCCUCCAUUCUGUCUACUUUAUGCUUGUGGACCUCAAAUUAGGCAAAUGUUGGAAUUUAUAUAUUCAUCAGACAUGUGUUCUAAAUUUUCUUUCAUAUUUUCCAACUUUUCACCUAAUUUUGGGACAAUCCCACUGUAUUCCAUGGCAUCAAUUUGUUCCUCAGUUGCAACCGGUAUUUCUGUUUCAGGUGUGAAAUGUCAAUUAUAUUUUCAUUUUCAAGAUCUGUUGUUUCUUGUUAAUACUAUUGUUCUUUUUCAUAAAUAUUCAUUCUUAUUUUUAAGCUAUUGCUGUUAUUGUCAGCUACCAUCCAGUUGGCCCCCGACUCAUGGUGACUCUAUGCACAGCGUAAUGGAACACUGCCUGGUCCUGUGCCCAUCCCCAUGAUUGCUUGGGGGUUAGGCUGUUGUGAUCCAUUGGGUUUUCACUGGCUGAUUUUUGAAGUAGAUCACCAGGCCUGUCUUCCUUAAGCUAUUAUCUCCUCUAUUGUAACUCUCUGGAUAUCUUUUUAAAAAACCAAGUUUGAUUGUAAUACAAAUGACUCCCUUAGAUGUAAGUUCUUCUUUUUGUCCCGUUCCUUUCAUUCUGUUGGGUUUCAUCAAAUGAUCAGUGAGUCUUGUUUCUUCACUUAUCAUUAGAGUUUAGAUUCCCUUUUCGUGGCUGGGGCAGUUGCAGGUAAGAUGAGGUAAGGGCAGCAGCAGCUGACAUUUUUUGUCCUCUGCGCUGUUUUCCAGGCACUGGAGGAAAACUGGGGCUUGCCCUGGUCUGCUUAUCACAUAGCUGACCUUUUCAGUGUGAAUGCUCCUGGUAUCCUCGGGCACCAGGGAAAUGUUUCUGUGCUCUCCAUUCAAGUUGUAAAGCUCACUGCUCCUUUCAGGAAGACAUUCUUUGGCUUCUGUCUGGCUCAAGAGUGGCCAAAAUGGACAGAUCUCUGAAUUUAGAGCCCCAGUGGUGCAGCGAUUAAGCACUCGGCUGCUAACCGAAAGGCCAGUGGUUCAAACUCACCAGCCGCUCCGCAGGAGAAAGAUAUGGCAGUCUACUUUCAUAAAGAUUACAGCCUUGGAAACCCCAUGGGGCAUUUCUACUCUGUUGUAUACAGUCUCUAUGAGUUGGAAUUGACUCAGCAUCAAUGAGUUUGGUCUGGCUGAGGUACGCCAAAUAAUCACCAGUUAAUUACCCUACAAGGUCCCUAGGUGGUGCCUAUGAUUUGCACUCUAUUGUCUAGCUAAAUUAAAGAUUGGCAGUUUGAACCUGCCGAGCAGUACUGUGGAAGAAAGGGCCAGGCAAUCUGCUUCUGUUAAGAUUACAGCCAAGAACCAUUCUUGAAGCCAGCUCUUCAGACAUGGUUUGGACUGGACAAUGGGUUGGAAAGGGAUGCUGGUGAGGAGUGAGCUUCUUGGAUCAGGUGGACACUUGAGACUAUGUUGGCAUCUGCUGCCUGGAGGGGAGAUGAGAGAGUGGAGGGGGUUAGAAGCUGGCGAAAUGGACACGAAAAGAGAGUGAAGGGAGAGAGCGGGCUGUCAAAUUAGGGGGAGAGUAAUUGGGAGUGUGUAGCAGGGUGUAUAUGGGUUUUUGUGUGAGAGACUGACUUGAUUUGUAAACUUUCACUUAAAGCACAAUAAAAAUUAUAAGAAAAAAAAAGAUUACAGCCAAGAAAAUCCUGUGGAGCAUAGUCCCACUCUGUAACACAUGGGAUCGCCAUGAGUCAAAAUCAACUCAACAGCAAGCAACAACAGUUACCUUACAGCCACCUCUUGCUGCAGUCUUCCAUUCUGGUAUGUAUGGAGCAGAAUCAGUGAUGUUCCCACUCCUGGAAUGGGCAAUUGAAACCUUUGUUAUCUAAAACGGAGAGCAAUAAAGUUUUGAAAGUUUGGCUCACACCCUUCAUGAGUGUGUGCGCACACUCAACAUGAGGGGGGCAAAGGGAAAAUCACCACCGGACAGAUUCCUAUUCUUCUGUAGGGGACUUGGGGAAGAGAGGAUGGGGAGGAUGCCGGUGCCACUGUAUAGUUCUUUCUGAUCACCCAAAAUUGCUUUUUUCCUGCCGGAUGCCGUGAUCCCAGGACCAGGGAUGCAGCUGUGGGUACCAGAGGAAGGGAUGAUCCCUAAGCAACAGACAGUAGCUAUACCCCUGAACACCUAUGCUAGAAUUCCCAAGGGCCUGAUGGAAUGAAUGAAUUGUACCUUCCACCCAUCUAGCAAAAUUGGGGUUGACAGUGAAUACUGCCAUAUUGCCUAGUGGCCGAGACAGCCCACUAGUGUAGUACCUAUGUAAACUUAUCCAACAUGAAUGGGCAUGGACUGAGGGGAAAGCAUUUGCUAGACUGGUCUUGCUACCAGCAAUCUGGACUAGCACAGCAGCUGAACCUGAUGUCCCUGCCCUAGGUGGAAAAAUUUGGGUGAAAAUAAAUGACAAAUGGAGGGAAGGAGAAAUAGUAGCUGAAGGUAAAAGAAUGAAGAAAUGGGUUAUCCAUAGCAGGGGAAAUCUAAUAUUAUGUUUGAUACCUCAAGAAGGACUCAGAGCAAGGGAAUAAUUUUCUCUCAGUUAAAUUUAUCAGAGGCCAGAAAGUGUGAAGACAAGACAAACUAUUGGAGAACCCGACCAGAUCAGAUGGAUACCUGCAGCAGACCUGAAUGGCUGGUACCUGAGUAACCUCACACUUAGGACUCUUUUGCCCUACUGAAGGACUAAUUGUCAAUGACUGUUUUGGACUGGUGAAACGAUUGGGAGGGGUAAAUUAACCCUUCAAGUAUAAAAAGGCCAAUGGCUAGAAGAGCCAGGGAAUGGCCUGUGGUGUAAUGAAUUACUUAAUACGGCCCUUCUAUCCGUGACUUUUGUGACUCACACACAAUGAUAGAGUGGGACUAUGUAAAUAAGGUAUAUGGAAAACUGUAAUUGUUGGGGUUGUGUGUCAACUUGGGUAAGCCAUGAUUCCCAGUAUUGUAUGAUUGUUCUCCAUUUUAUGUGUUGUAAAUCCUAACCUCUACAUGUUAAUGAGGCCAGAUUGGUGCGGGGUGUAUCUUGAGUCACAGCCUUGCAGGGGGGCAUGAUUCAAGUCCCAUCCUUAUUCAAGUUACACCCUUCCCUGGGGUGUGGUCUGCAUCCAAGGUAUAUAUGUGGGUAUAUCUGGAUCACUAGUCUGGAUCGUGCAUCCGGUUUGUGAUUGUCUAGCUUCCCCAUAAUAAUCAGCGAUAUGGUUGCCAGACCCAGAAAGAUAAGAUUAAAUGUGGUAUAAUUUCCUGAAGUGGUAUCUCAGGAAGCUAAAAGACAGAAGAGUUUUGCACUAGGUGGGACAAAAUGAUACAGUCCGUUCCACUUUGCUGCAGUGGCACUUCCUUGUGUUUCCCUAGUUUCAAAGAUUUGGAUUUCCCUUGUGUCUCCUUCUCAGGUUAGUUUGGACACGGCACAUGACCUGCCUACUUCAUUUCCUUCCGGGGUCAUUCACUCAGUAUCUCUGCCUCCAGUUGCCUUCCCAGGCUCCUCACCUGGCUGGUGCUCAGCCCAAUUCUUCAAUCUUCCCUUUGAUGUUCAGGGACCCAGAGUUGUUGUUUGUAUCUGUUUCACUUGGUUUCUAAAGUCUUUGUUGUGGGGGGAUGUUAAGGUGCAUCUAUCUAAGCUGCCAUCUUAACUGGACCAGUCAAGAGGUAGGUUUUACAGGUUAUUGAAAAAAAAAAACAAUAAAGCAGAUUUUAAAAAUACUCAUUUGUGUUAUUUCUAUAACAGCAGCACUAAGAAACUAAGACAUCCACCUUUGCCCAACUCCAGAGCAAAGACAUCUUGUCCAUUAGAAUGGACCAAAUCCUUGGAGAAGGACAUCCGUCUUGGUAGAGAGUCAGCAAAAAAGAGGAUGACUCUCAAUGAGAUAGGUCGUUACAGUGGCUGGAACAAUGUGCUCAAACAUAGCAAUGAUUGUGAGGACGGAGCAGGACCAGGCAGGGUUUCAUUCUGUUAUGCAUAAGGUAGCUUGAGCCAGAGCUGACUCAAUGGCACCUAACAAUACCAAUUUCUGAUAAAACCAAUGUUCUAAGAUUCUGCUCCUGCCUUUCUCAAGCCUCUACAUGGGAGGUCCGACUAUUUAACUCCUGCCCUUACUCUGAUUGUUCCCUCAUCCUCUUGUCCAGGAUGGAUGAAUGGGUCAAGCAAGAGCAUUUCUCUUGCUUAAACACUUCCUCCUCACCUAUGACCACAAGAGGCAUGGCAUCACUGGCUGGGGAACUUCUGAAGGGGAGUUCUUUCCUGUGAUAUUGACAGGUAUAUUCUCCUGCAUCAAGCUGCCUCAGGUUAAUGAAGGGAAAUUGGCUGUUCUUUCUGAAUAAUCAACUGACAGCAUUAAUUAACUAACAGCAUGGGCUUUAAGGGAAGUUGGAUUCCUCCUUUGCUGAGAGUAAAGCUGACAUACAUGAUGAUAAGUAGUCCAGCAACUUAGAGUCACAUUACUCCGGGCAGGUACCAAAAAGGUGAGCCAGACACUGAGGUGGGGCUUGGGAAGUGGUCCUGGAAGGGUAGCAGAGACAAAGGCUGGAUUUGACCACUCACCUUGCUCCCAGGAAGCCCUUUUAAAGGAGGGGAAGAUAGCGUGGGGAAUUUAAGGUGAAGGAUCAAGGAGAGUUUAAUUAAGAAACACUGU